UUCAGGGGCAAUUUGUUAUAACGCGCUUUCGAGUAUGCAGAGUAUAAAGCUACUUGCAGCUCCUUUGUAUGUAAAUAGGGUGUAAAAAGGCCCUCCCCGUGUUUGUAAUUAAUUGACACGUUAUACCACUCAUCACGUUCUGAAGCACCAAUAGUAGAGGCUCGGAUCUCCCCAAAACCCACAAUUUCACAUCUGCAAACACUGUCUUCAUCCACUUGACUCCCAAGACCCGCCCACACGUGGCCAACCUUUUGCGUUUUUGAUGCUUUUUCACUGCAGGUUCAUGUGUUGAGAACAACCUUAUAUGGACGGAUCAGUGCAGUAAUGGCUUAUUUCCUCCUCGCGCCCGUCAGUAGCACAGUUUCCACGAGCCAGAUAUAGUACACUUGAGGCACUUUGGCACUCUGCCUGGACUUCCAGAACUCACUGCACUACUUUGAAAGCCAAUGGUUAGCAACUGUACUGUAUUGAUUUGCUUCAACUGUAGCUAAAUCUAGAAACAGUAUUUAACUGAUCCCUUUUUUCUACACUGAUUCUGUUGUUUGCUUUGAAACAGCGGAUUGCCAAACUGGUGCUGCAACUUUCCUGCAUAAAUUUAGCCCGAAUAUGUCGUUGACAAACACAAAGACGGGCUUUUCUGUAAAGGACAUCUUGGACCUCCCUGACACCAAUGAUGAGGACGGCUCUGUUACAGAAGGGGCAGAGGAAGAUACAGAGGGGUCUGAAGCAACCAAAACGAGUGGAGUUCUGGGGCAGAGCCCCUUGGAAAACGUGCAAACCCUUCCGUUAAAGAACCCAUUUUAUGAUAAUAGUGAUAAUCCUUACACAAGAUGGCUUGCCACUACAGAGAGCAUUCAAUAUUCAUUGCAUGGUUUAUCAUCAAACUCCCAACCGCAGGACUCAUCUGCCAAAUCCCCAGAACCUUCUGCAGACGAAUCGCAAGACAAUGACAAGGAAACUUCAAGCAACGGCAGUGACUCUGGGAAGAAGAGAAAACGGAGAGUGCUGUUUUCCAAAGCUCAGACCUACGAAUUGGAGCGGCGGUUCAGACAACAGCGGUAUCUUUCAGCACCCGAAAGAGAACACCUUGCUAGUUUGAUUCGUCUAACACCGACUCAGGUGAAAAUCUGGUUCCAGAACCACCGGUACAAGAUGAAGCGGGCCCGAGCAGAGAAAGGUAUGGAGGUGACCCAUCUCCCUUCCCCGCGACGGGUGGCAGUGCCCGUCUUAGUCAGGGAUGGCAAACCGUGCCAUACGCUCAAAGCGCAGGACUUGGCAGCCACUUUCCAGACUGGAAUCCCCUUUACGGCAUAUAGCGCCCAGGCUCUCCAGCAUAUGCAAUAUAACGCCCAGUACAGCUCCAGCACUCCCCAGUUCCCCACGGCACACCAUUUGGUGCAAACUCAGCAGUGGACUUGGUGAACUAUAUAUAUAUACAGACUGGUGCGGUGUGUAUAUUAGGGACGUGUUAAUGUAAUGAAAACGACUUUUGCAUUCUGCAGCUUGAUCCGUACGACCAUUUUAUUUUGGUGGUGUUUCGUGCGUCAUGUUUACAGAGUUUUCGCCAUGAAAGCCGGGUCCUGCCUCCUGAUUGGAAAACUUCAAUGCUCUUGUGAUUUUUUUUUUUUGUACAGUAUGAUUGUGUGUUGUAGAAUAUGUUUAUUUUAUUUUUUGUCAAUCGUGUAUAAAGCACGUGCAGAAACCAUUUUUAAAUUAUAGAGAUUUUUUUGUUUUAAUUUCUUGCUUAUUUUAUAUGGAACUUAAAGAAAAUAAUAUUUAUGGCCAUGUAUAAAAUCCUGGCAACUUUUAGUUUAUUAUAUUAUUUUAUCCUGAUUUUUGUAAAUAUGUUAACGUAAUUGUUCCCAAGCAGAUCAACUUCAAGGCGUUUAAUUGGAUGUGUAUAUUUCCCAGAAGAAAACGGUGGAAAAAUUCGUUUCGGUUUAACAUUCUAUAGCUAAUUGUGUGAAUAAUCCCGAAUU